AUGAAUUUCCACGAAGUCUUUUCAAAACAGGCCUUUUUUGAGGAUUUUGUGACUUUUGAUAACUUCGCUGGGUUUAUUGUUGUUCGUGAACACAUCGACAACAUACCGAAUUCAGAGCGCUUGGAAGAGGAAAAAACGUACAAGUUCUACGCUUUCCUGCUGCGGUUACUUCGAGGUGAAGAUUCCCCUGUUGUACCAAAAUUAAAUCAACUAAUCUUUAUCAACGUGACCCUAUUCGAUCUUGUCUUGGAAAGGCUUGAGUACCUGCGAAGCUCGGACAAUCUUGUCGAAUACGUUCACCCAUCCUUUAUUGACGAAGUUCUCUCUACCAGUGAGGAUGAAUUGGAGGAAUUAAAUGCUACGUCUUUCCAUGCAGACAGUCUAGUUGGACAGUUUCUGCGAAAAUUUGUCAUCGGAUUUCAUCUAAUGACAUUUGACCAAAUGAUUAAGUUCCGUGACGCCUUCUACGAUUACUAUGAUGCUGUGAGAAAUCAGAUGGACACGUCCGACGCAUCAUUGUUUGGUCAUUUGAGUACAAAUCAGGUUGCAAAGUUUUCUGAAAGCAUUAUCAAAAAAGUUGGCCAAUUAGGCUCCAUGUGUCCUGCACAAUACGAUCACCUGAUCGAAAGCUUAAGAACGUUUCAAAAAACCCACCCUGAUCUCGCCACACCGCACUUCACUUCUCACUUGAUCGCCAUGCGGCAGCGUAACUUCACCCAAGCUGAGGCCGAGCUCUACAAGGCCUUCGAGAUGGUCAUUUCGGGACCAGUUAAAGACUCCACACUGGCAGCAAUCUGCGAUCCCAAGCCAUCUGAGGCUUGGACGGGCAUGACGCUUGCCGCUGUGGACAUGCACCACAGACUCGGCCACGAGCAUCAGGCUCGAUCGUUCCAGCGCCAGGCUCUCAAUCAGGCACUCGAGACAAACGACACGGUGUGCCUUAGGCAAGCUAAGGCCGCGCACGAUGUGUUAAACUCGUUGGGCGAACCCUUCCGCUACGAGACCGCUGACACAAGCACCAAGGGACACGUUUCGACCGAUCUCCUGCUCACUGAACUGCGCUGUAAGCUGUUGAAACUCUUGGGGACAGGUGCAAGUCCUCAACGAAUAUUGCUGACCUUCUUCAACUCUGCGGUCGCCACGCAAUCGGAGGUUCUGGCCAUCGUGCUGCUCGACGUGGCAUUCGUCUUUGCCUUCUACGGCCACAGCAUCUUGGCCACGACGUUGUUGCAGUGUGUCGUCAUGAUAGACUGUCUGCGUCCCUGUUCAAUCUCCGACGAGGUCCUAGCUAUGGCAAUUUCACAGCUUGCGAGAGCAUUUGCCGUCUCCGGCUCACCAGCACAGGCUGUACGGAUGCUUGAAGAGGGCGCCUCAACGAUUGGUCAGUUCGAUGAGUUAUCGAUUUUUGAACGUGCCCGUGUGGAGACCCAAUUGGAACAGGCGCUUCGUAUUGGCUCCGAUUUAAACUAUUGCUCUCGGUUGGUCAGCAACUUGGCUCUGUUUUGUCCCUGGGAAUCUAACCUCAGACGUGCGUGUGUCGAAUUAAAGCGAGGCAACCAACCGCUAGCCUUCCAUCUACUCCAGAUCAUUGCCGGCACUGCCGAGGGACUGCGCACUUCGAUUGACUUCAGCGACACGCUUUGCUCCGGUCGCCGUGGCGGUGCGGACGCAGUCGACGCUGAAGAGGUGUCGUCGAGUCUUCCCCUCCUGAGUCAUCUCCCUCCCACCGGGGGCGUCGCAGCGCUCGUGCGGUUUGAGGUCCGCGCCCGAAUCGCCAUGGCUGACGCCUUUGCGUGUAUCAACGUGUUCCACGAGGCCAUCGAUCAGUUGGAAAGAGCAUGCACCCUGAGUCGCAGGUACCACAUGAACCUCUUCACUGACAUCGCCACUGUGAUGCUGGCGGCUGUUUCACACCUAGCUCGGGCGUCCGGGAUUGCAGCAGUGGCGGACGACAACUUGGUCCACUCCGAGGUCUUCACCAGUCUCUUUCACCAAGCUGAGCCAUCAGUCCGGAUGCAUCUUACCAACUUGAAGUUCUGGCUCUCUCUGGUGACCGACAACUGUACUAGUCAAGAAUCCUGGAAGGCUCACUUACGUGAGAGUGCCGUCUUCUUUGCCAACAUAGGUGACAGGGGCUCCCUCCAGAAAACUGUGGACAUUUUCGUGAGUUAA